CACCAAUUUGACAGUAGUGUGAGAGAGCGCGCAUGUGAAACACGCACACCUAACGAUUUUUUAUUUAUUUAUUUAUUUUAAAUACACAAUCAGAUACUCUCACACCUUAGACUGAGUUUAGAUGAGUUACGGUCUCCGCCACCUCUGUCUUGUUGAUCUCGUGCGCACUCAACCUGUGCGUAAUAUUUAUGCGGCCACUUGCAUCUCCAGUCGUUCUUACGCGUCUGGCGAUGCGGCUGUAACGACGCGCCCCUGUGGUUCACGUACCACUUUUUAUGGCUCUUUUUUCCCGUGCAGGUCCAAUAAUAGUUGAUGUGCAUGGUUGAAUGUCAUCGCUUUGCUUUACGGACUACAGUUUCCUGCUGCUGGAUCACGCACUGAACCUGUGGUUAGAUAUGACGCAUCGGGCACAGUAGGGACGCGUCUCGGAGAAGCAGAAAGGUUUCAGACAGAAGGGACAAGCGGAUCUGGACUACACAGGCGUCAUGUCUAACACGACGAAGAGCAAAAAGGAAAAGGAAAUCAUUACGGAGUAUGAGAGCCAAGUGAAAGAGAUACGGUCUCAGUUAGUGGAGCAGCAGAAAUGUCUGGAGCAGCAGACGGACAUGCGGGUUCAGCUCCUCCAGGACCUGCAGGAUUUCUUCAGGAAGAAAGCUGAGAUCGAGAGCGAAUAUUCACGCAACUUGGAGAAGCUCGCCGAACGAUUCAUGGCCAAAACCCGCAGCACCAAGGACCACCAACAAUACAAGAAGGACCAGAACCUGCUUUCUCCCGUCAACUGCUGGUAUCUGCUGCUGAACCAAGUGAGGAGGGAGAGUAAGGACCACGCCACACUCAGCGACCUUUACCUCAACAACGUCAUCACACGCUUCACGCAUGUCAGCGAGGACAACAUGCGUCUGCUCAAGAAGAGCAAAGAGAUCAUUUUCCAGCUGCAAGAAGACCUGAUGAAGAUUCUUAACGAACUCUACACGGUGAUGAAGACAUAUCACAUGUAUCACUCCGAGACUCUAAGUGCAGAGAACAAGCUAAAGGAGGCAGAGAGGCAGGGUGAACGACAGGGCCGGGGCGGAGAGGCCGUCUUCAGUCUGCGCACCGAAGAUCGCCACCAACGGCGCAAUGCUGCCCGCAAAAUCCAGAAGAUGAAAGAGAAGCGCCAAGCCAAGUACUCAGAGAACAAACUGAAGGUUAUGAAAGCUCGGAAUGAGUAUCUGUUGACUCUGGAGGCCACGAACGCUUCUCUGUUUAAAUAUUACAUCCAGGACCUGUCGCAUUUGAUUGAUUGUUGUGACCUCGGCUACCAUGCAGGCCUGAGCCGGGCAUUGCGCACCUACUUGUCAGCAGAAUACAGCCUGGAAACCUCUCGGCACGAGGGCCUGGAUAUUUUGGAGGGGGCUGUAGAGGGGCUGGACCCCAGUAAUGACCGGCAGCGCUUUAUGGAGACUCACCCUACAGCGUUCACCCCUCCUGCACGCUUCUCCUUUCAGCCACACAUGGGAGACCAGGUGAGUCAAAUCACAGCACUGCCGCAGGUGCAAGCCGAGCUCCUCCUCCGAUUCCAGCAGCUGCAGUCGCGCCUCUCCACACUGAAGAUCGAAAAUGAAGAGGUGAAGAAGACAUCGGAGGCUACGCUCAGCACUAUCCAGGACUUGGUGAACAUGGAAGACUACGACGUGUCCGAGAGCUUCCAGCACAGUCGCUCCACUGAGUCAGUCAAAUCCAGCGUAUCAGACACUUACCUCAGCAAACCCAGCCUGGCCAAGAGACGUGCCAACCAGCAGGAAACAGAGCUCUUCUACUUCACAAAGCUGAAGGAGUAUCUGGAAGGCAGUAAUCUCAUCGCUAAACUACAAGCCAAACAUGACAUGCUGAAGAGGAGCAUAGCUGAAGAAUACAGAGCAGACAUCAUGACAACCAGCCGUCGACGAAACUCCCACAGCAGGCACCAGGAUUCUGGGAAGGCCAUCCCACUGAUUGUAGAGAGCUGCAUUCGCUUUAUUAAUCUAAAAUUUAAUAAAUCAACAAACAUAUGCAUUCACAUGCUCUUAAAUUAUGAUCUAUCACCAUGGAUACACUCUCAUCUUAGUGACUGUUUCCCAGGCAACGACCCCUUGACUGACGAGGAGAAUAACCAUGACAUUAACUCAGUAGCAGGCGUGCUGAAAAUGUACUUUCGCAACCUGGACAACCCACUUUUCUCCAAGGAGAAGUUCAAUGAUCUCAUCGCCUGCGUCCGAACGGAGAGUUUGUAUGAACGUGCCCUCUCCAUCCGCAAGAUCUUGACCACAACACCACGACCAACACUUGUGGUCAUGAGAUACCUGUUUGCAUUCCUCAACCACUUGUCCCAGUACAGUGACGAGAACAUGAUGGACCCUGGAAACUUGGCUAUAUGCUUCGGCCCCACUUUGAUGCCCACCCCGGACCUCCUGGACCAGGUCUCAUGUCAGGCUCACGUCAACGAGAUCGUCAAAACCAUCAUCAUCCACCAUGAAACCAUCUUCCCUGACACCAAAGAGCUGGAGGGACCUGUUUAUGAGAAAUGCAUGAGCAAUACUGAGUACUGUGAAAGUCCGUACAGUGAACCUGGAGCAUUUGAGGAGGGGGAGCAGGAUGGAGGGACGGAAACACAGACGAGCGAGGAGGAGGGUGAGCCUGUGGAGGCCAUAGCCAAGUUUGACUAUGUGGGACGGUCUGGACGGGAGCUGACCUUUAAAAAAGGAGCCACUCUGCUGCUGUUUCAGAGAGCGUCUGAAGACUGGUGGGAGGGACGACACAACGCCAUUGACGGACUCAUACCACACCAAUACGUCACGCUGCAGGAGGAUGAGGCCAUGUCAGACACUCUGAGCCAGAAAACAGACAGUGAGUCCAGCACUACACCUUCAGAUGAAGUGAGCUCCAGACGGUCGCUGACGUCCCCUACUGAGCCAAGAAUCCCUGAGACCUUCAUCAGCCGACACCGGAAGCGGACGGAAGCCCUCCUGCGCCGUGUCCCUGGUCGCUUAAGUGACGGUCACUGCCACGGCAAUGGGCUGGAACGUAGCUCUCCUCCCGUAACGGUGACGGUAACGGGGCAUUUCAGCCCGCGGGAGCUGCUGCGUGGGAACAGCUGUGUGGACAGUCCCGAGCACCACAGACGCACGGGACACAACGGCACCUCCAACGGCAACGGCACUGCCAACAUCAGCCAACACGAGUCCCUGCGCAGGGACAGAGAGCGGGAGAGUCCUCCAAUACGCCAGUCACCAUCCACAAUGCAUUGUGGGUUACCUAUUCAACGCUCCCAGACGCUGAACCCGCACACAAUGGCACAGGAUUUAGAGGAAACCAUGAGUCUGGCCUUGAAUGAGCUGCGCCAGCUGGAAAGGCAGAACGGGAAACCCGCGGCUCCUGACCUGGUGCUGGACACCCUGGAGCAGGUGAAGAGCAGCCCGUCCUGCCCAUCCGGCUCCACCCCCUCCAGCUUGUCCAGUCCAUCAGAUUCCCCGAGCCCCCUCAGCCCUAUCAGCCCCCUUCCUCCUCUCCCUCCGCUGCCCGGCCCUUCGUCCCGGCGCUCCAACGACCCCGUAGCCACCUUCAAACCCGUGGCCUCACCCCGCAUGGGUGUGACGCUCCGCCCACCCGCUUUGCGGCCUAAACCGCCCAUUCUCCCCAAAGCCAACCCCCCGCCUUCCCAGCAGCCCCAGAAUCCACCCUCGAGUUUCAGCGGCGACAAAUCUGGCACUAUGUAAGCCAAUGGGUCCAACCGAAGGAAACAGGGUUUAAGACUCGACGACUGCUCGAAGAACAGGGUUAAUCUCUUAUUAAUGACAUGAUUGUACGGCCGAUAGCUAGUUUACGCGCAGAACGGUCUGAUAGCGUUAGUCUACGAUAUUAUAUCCAUAAAUGUGUUGUCAGGGUGGUGUGUGUGUGUGUGUGUAUUCUCAAAGUGAAUAGGACUUUACCGUGUCUGUGUGUAGAUACAUUUACAAGGAACACAUUCAGAGACAGCAGAGAGAGACUGCCUGUACAGGAAGUACCGUUGUUGUUUUUAUGGGAAGUGUUCCAUUGAGUCGGUGCAAUGUAUUUUGAGUGCUUUGAUUUGUUAGGCCUUACAAGAGGGAUGUGUCGAAAACGUUGUUUUUAUAAGUUGCUGCUGCUUUUUUUGAUGCUUCGAUUCGAGUUACAGGACUCCCGGUGCCUCUUGGGAAAAUAGUUAUUUCACUUGUUGGAAUUUGAUGGGGAAUGUAAUUUUGUUUUUUUUUGUUUUUUUCGUUCACUUAGUCUUUCCCGCAAGGCGACUGAAGAACACAGAAUGUAUUCCAUGAAUGUUCCACUGUUUUUCCUGUUUUCACUCGAAAAAUACCACGCUAAGCCUUGAUCACCAGAUAAACCUCCCCCUUUACCAUGGAAACCAAACCCUGAAGCCUGAUUGGACGACGUGGGAGGGACACAACCAUAACAUUCCGAGGGCAAACGCACGAACGAAGCUUUAACAAAACAUCACACUGAAGGCGCAAAAAAGACAUUCCAGGGAGGAUUGUGAAGAAAAUUCUGAAAGUUUGUGCAAAUAGGCCACGCCUUCAGGCCACGCCCUCCUUCGGGUCGUUCAAGUACAAUUUCCACUGCUGCUCCACUGACGGAUGAUAACGGUGUUCAAUCCUCGAUUUUAGCGUCCCCUGUGCUUCCAGUGUACGUGUGUUUGUACGAUAACGUCAACGGCAGACUCUUUGGAGCACACUAACCAUACAUGGCUCUCCUGUGUGUGUCUGUGUGGGGGGUUUUGCAUGAUAAAACACGCUUAGAGUAGUUCAGAGUACAAGAUGAUGGAUAAUUCAUGCUUGUACAUGACAACUUAAGUAUUUGAGUGUGUGUGUGUGUGAGUGAAGGAGAGUUAGAAAGAGUGCACUGCACUUCUAGACAAGAUUGUGUGGGUUUGUGUGUGUGUGUGUGAGUGAAUGUGUGUGUGAUUAAAGGGUGUUUAGUCCAGAAUGUAAAUAUGCAUGAAGGUGAAGUGAGUAGUUUUACGACUGAACGGCCUUGGUUUACUUUUUUAUACACUAACGAUGAUUGUUUUUCCACUUUUUUUGACUGCUGCUCUUAUGUUUUUCUACCUGCUCUAUUUUUUUACCUUCAUUUCUUACUGGUGCUCUUUCAUACGACUGCGUCUGCUUGUCGCCGUAUCCGACACCCACUUUUUUGUCCUUUUCCAAGCGAUCUGAGAUUAUCGCCCCGCCCUCCCACACACACACAAACACACACACUGUGUUCACAUGAAAGUGCCUUUUCAGGAUGCAUGUUGAAUGCAGGAGCCUGGUCUGCCAAGGGUGUGUGCUCCCGUCGCUCUCUGAAGAGUCGUUCCCCAAGUUAAAUAAUAAUAAUAAUAAUGCUAGAGCUCUUUCCAGAUAUUUAAUAACCUGAACGGAUAAUAAAUAUGUACAUUUAAUCCAUUGUGAUGUCGCACUUUCAUGUAUAGGACUGUAUUGGCAUGUAGCAUUAAAUCAUGUUCCAGUGCAUUUUAAAAUGUGUCGAAACUGAAUGUCUUUGAAAUAAAGGAAAGUUGAUAUGUCUCAAAA